CAUCCACCCAUCCGGCAACCUUCAAGAUGGCGCGCCACUAGAGAGCCGUGGCGGCCGUGGUUGCGCGUGGUUGGGUUGUUCGAUUUGGCUGGGCCCGUAUUCUGUGUAUACGAUAUGUUACCUUCGAGAAGAGGGACGCCGACGUUCGGCCAAGUGGUCAUCGGACCGCCGGGGUCGGGAAAGUCGAGCUACUGCAAGGCGAUGAAGGAGUUCUGCACGACGCUGGGCCGCAAGGUGGCCGUGGUCAACAUGGACCCAGCCAACGACGUGCUGCCGUACGAGGCGAGCGUGGACAUUGCGGCCUUGGUUCAGCUUCGAGACGUGAUGGACUCGCUGAGGCUGGGCCCCAACGGUGGCCUCGUCUACUGCAUGGAGUUCCUGGAGGCGCACCUGGAAUGGCUCACGAGCCAGCUGGAGGCCUUCCGGGACCACUACCUGCUCAUCGACUGCCCCGGACAGGUGGAGCUGUACACCCACCACCGGAGCGUGCACAACAUUGUGAGCCACCUGCAGGCGAGCAACUUUCGGGUCUCGGCGACGCACCUGGUGGACUCGCACUACUGCAGCGACCCGGCCAAGUUCAUCUCGGUGCUGCUCACCUCGCUCUGCACCAUGCUGCAGGUGGAGCUUCCGCAGGUCAACGUGCUGUCGAAGGUGGACCUGGUGGAGAGCUGCGGCCGGCUCCACUUUGGCCUGGAUUUCUACACGGACGUGCUCGACCUCUCCUUCCUCGCGGGCGUCCUCUCGGAUGACCCGAUCCUGCGGAGGCACAAGAAGCUCAAUGAGGCCUUGGCCGGGGUCGUCGAAGACUACAGCCUGGUCUCCUUCCUGCCUCUCAACAUCCAGGACAAGGAGUCCAUGUGGAGUGUCCUGAAGGCCUGCGACCGAAGCAACGGCUACGUCUUUGGCCAGGGGGAGGAGGAGACCCUGCAGCGUCUGCUUACUUCGGCCAUGCGUUCGGACACGACCUCGCGGGACGUCAUUGCCCGGCUGCACGAGCGACUCACCACGUCCGGCACGACAACUGUGGUGGAGGAGGACGAAGGAGAGGCGAGCGACCGAUCGGUCGACUCAGACUUCUGAGGUAGCAGCGUUGCAGUAUCCGAAACAUGUCUUUAAGCGGUGCAUUUAUCAUGCCCUCCAAUGCAGUUCCCCAAUUUACGUCCAGUGACGUGACAGAAGUGUGGUGCCGAUGCCUGCUGUGAUCUUGGCAGUGGCAGAGGCAGAUGUGGCAGACGGCCAUUUUCGCUUUCGGGCUGACGGUCCACGGAAGCUUCUGCGGCAACAAGUUGGAACUUUGCAAUGACAGCGGCACUCACUUUUGCUCAUAUUUUUUUUUAAACUUUUACGACCAAUCGCGAGGAUUGUGACAUCCGACAGCAUGACAUAUGCCUGGUUCCGUGACGUCGUCUGCUACCACUUUGGGAGCUCUUUCAAUGCAUGGUUGAUGUAAGACGCUGAAUGCAUUAGUCAAAGAUAAGUUCCAGGUGCCAUAGUGGCACCGUAACGUGGUUGACUGCCGUCAUAAACACCGUUUCCGAAGCCGAGAGGAUGUUGCCCAUGUCCCCCGCUCUCCAACAGCAGGCUGCAGACGUCCUUGAUGUGCCCCUCAUCAGGCCGGAGGCUGUCCUUCGCUCGAGUGCUCCCGUUGCGAGCCAACCCUGCAAGCACUCGAGAGCUCGUACUCUGGAUAGAAGCGGACUUGUGCUUUUGGCUUUCGAAUGAACUGGGACCGAAUGCAAUGCAUCUGGGGAAGACCCGGGCUCUUGUUGUGAUGUGGAUGUGAAGCCGCCUCGUUUAAAUGACAUUUCGGUCAUAGUUUGGGAUGAGGUGCUUUGGACACACAAACCUGACUUGACUUUUCUUUUAAUAAUAUAAGUGUGGAAUUAAAUGUCAACAAAAUGGCCAUCCCGACAUUUUCUUUAUGGGUGUACGGCAAUCACCCGGGGAUCUUCCAAAACCUCGGCUACGCAGCGUGUCGACUGUGACGGGCCCCGGUUGCAUAGCGGCCCCCUUGGCCGGGGUUCGGGCCCGGCGUUUGUUGAUCCACGGGCUGGCCUGUUGCCUCGGUGCCAUGGAGGCGGCUGCUAGGAUGCAAGUCUGAUAACGAUAGACUGCUUGCCGGAUUUUGUCCUUGCUUGCAUGCUCCUGGUGAUGGGGGAACCAGUGUAAUGAAGUAGGCUCAGCCGUGAAACCCCGCCCCUUCGAGCGUCAACUGGGAGAGAAUGCACCUCCACAGUAAGAGGCUUCAUCCUCAUCGACUGUCCCCCACCCAGCUUUUGAUGAUGACGAAAAGCUAUUGCUAUAUUGUGGACCAUUUUUUU